AUGGCGCCACAUCCUAAUCCCCCAGGCACCCAGCCUGCUCUGCAUCCUAAUGCCCCAGGCACCCAGCAUCCUAAAGCCCCAGGCACCCAGCCUGCCCUGCAUCCUAAUGCCCCAGGCACCCAGCCUGCUCUGCAUCCUAAUGCCCCAGGCACCCAGCCUGCUCUGCAUCCUAAUGCCCCAGGCACUCAGCCUGCUCUAUGGCGCCACAUCCUAAUCCCCCAGGCACCCAGCCUGCUCUGCACCCUAAUGCCCCAGGAACCCAGCCUGCUCUGCAUCCUAAUGCCCCAGGCACCCAGCCUGCUCUGCAUCCUAAUGCCCCAGGCACCCAGCCUGCUCUGCAUCCUAAUGCCCCAGGCACCCAGCCUGCUCUGCACCCUAAUGCCCCAGGCACCCAGCCUGCUCUGCACCCUAAUGCCCCAGGAACCCAGCCUGCUCUGCAUCCUAAUGCCCCAGACACCCAGCCUGCUCUGCAUCCUAAUGCCCCAGGCACCCAGCAUCCUAAUGCCCCAGGCACCCAGCCUGCUCUGCAUCCUAAUGCCCCAGGCACCCAGCAUCCUAAAGCCCCAGGCACCCAGCCUGCUCUGCAUCCUAAUGCCCCAGGCACCCAGCCUGCUCUGCAUCCUAAUGCCCCAGACACCCAGCCUGCCCUGCAUCCUAAUGCCCCAGGCACCCAGCAUCCUAAUGCCCCAGGCACCCAGCCUGCUCUGCAUCCUAAUGCCCCAGGCACCCAGCAUCCUAAUGCCCCAGGCACCCAGCCUGCCCUGCAUCCUAAUGCCCCAGGCACCCAGCCUGCCCUGCAUCCUAAUGCCCCAGGCACUCAGCCUCCCCUGCAUCCUAAUGCCCCAGGCACACAGCCUACCCUGCAUCCUAAUCCCCCAGGCACCCAGCCUGCUCUGCAUCCUAAUCCCCCAGGCACCCAGCCUGCGCUGCAUCCUAAUGCCCCAGGCACCCAGCCUGCCCUGCAUCCUAAUGCCCCAGGCACUCAGCCUACCCUGCAUCCUAAUGCCCCAGGCACCCAGCCUACCCUGCAUCCUAAUCCCCCAGGCACCCAGCCUGCUCUGCAUCCUAAUCCCCCAGGCACCCAGCCUGCUCUGCAUCCUAAUCCCCCAGGCACUCAGCCUGCUCUAA